AUGUCUACCCAGCAAUUUUUGUCCAAGAAGAGAAAGUUGGUCGCCGACGGUGUCUUCUACGCCGAGUUGAACGAGUUCUUCACCAGAGAGCUUGCCGAGCAAGGUUACGCCGGUGUUGAGGUCAGAAAGACCAACACCAAGACUGAGGUUAUUGUCAAGGCCUCUAACACCCAGGGUGUCUUGGGUGAGCAGGGUAGAAGAAUCCACGAGUUGACCUCUUUGAUCACCAAGAGAUUCAAGUUGCCACAAGACGGUAUUGUCAUCUAUGCUGAGAGAGUCGAGGAGCGUGCUCUUUCUGCUGCUGUCCAGGCUGAGGCCUUGAAGGCUAAGUUGUUGUCUGGUUUGCCAAUCAGAAGAGCUGCUUACGGUGUGUUGAGAUUCUCCAUGGGUGCCGGUGCUAAGGGUGUUGAGGUUGUCAUUUCUGGUAAGUUGAGAGCUGCCAGAGCUAAGUCCCAGAAGUACUCUGACGGUUUCAUGAUCCACUCUGGUCAGCCAACCAACGACUUCAUUGACUCUGCUAUCAGACACGUCUUGAUGAGACAGGGUGUUUUGGGUAUUAGAGUCAAGAUCAUGAGAGACCCAGCCAAGAACAAGUUCGGUCCAAGAUCCUUGCCAGAUGCUGUUGUCAUUGCUGACUACAAGGAGGACGAUGAGAUUGUUCCAGCUCCAACUGUGAAGGUUUACAAGCAGGAGGCUGCUGAGGCUCCAGCUGAGGCUGCUGCCUAA